AAGCAGUGGUCGUCUCAGGAAAACCAACUAUUUGUGUUGCGGAACGCGGAUCGCGUGCUCUUCCCUCGCUCUUCGCUUUGUGGAUUGAAUUUUUGGCUGUUUUCCGCCCGACGACAAUAAAAGUUAUACCAUAGGCUAAUCCGCAAAAACCAAACCAAACCCAAAACCAAUUUACUAAAAUACACCAUACACAAAAAAGAAAAUGUCACAUACAAGUUAUAAUAGUGAUUCAGUCGCAGAAAUACCCGAAGACCCAUAAAAAAAACCGCGCAAAUAUAUAUAGUCUUCGAAAAGGAAAAAACUUGUGAAAACUACUAAUACAAAAACAGCCAGUGCAAAAUAAACGGGAAGAAUUUUUUUUUGUGUCCCUUUUUUUGGUGUUUUUUCCCCGUAUUUCCCAUUUGACGGAGAAAGUGCGCAACAACACUUGUGAGACGGCGGAAACGGGAUAGAAAUAGAUAUAGUCGAUCGGAAACCUAACCAAAUUGGAUUACAAUUGAAUAGACGAAUACACAGCAAUCGAAGAAAACGGCUGUUCGCAGAGACAGCCCCAUAACUCAGGAACUAGGAUCUACAUAUAAGCUAAAGAAACCAGACACAGACAAAAUGUCACUGCAGUUUGACUACCACGCAGAGAUGGAAAUGUUUGACUUUCCCUUCGAUUUGGGGAAUGAUCUGUACGACAUCGACGUUACUCAUCCGCCGGCCACCAUCAAAAGCGACCUUGAAAGGAUCAGGGACGUGGACAGGGACCUUCAGGUCUUCGGCAUCGAGGGGGACAUGAAGUCGGAGCUGCGCCACAGCGACUGCAUGUGGCCGGCGAUGGCGAACUGCCUGAGCGGCCUCGGCAAUGUGGCGGGCAGUGGGGGCAACAGUGCGGCCUCCUCAUACAGCGAGACCAGCGCCAUUCCCCUGGCCGUGGUGUCGGGCGCCGCGAACCCCUACUCGCCGUACCAGCGGUCCCAGGUCGCCGACGGCCACAACAUCCAGCAGGCGCAGCUGGGGAGCUCUGAGGACAUGCCGGUGAUUAUCAAGAAAGAGCUGCUCGACCAGGACUACACGGUCGGCCAGAAGCGCAGGCGCCUGAGCGGAGGCGACAAAAAGGCGCCGCCGCAGGACGAGGACCAGCUGAUCCCGCCCGGAGGCAGCCUGCUGCGCAAGCGCAACCUCGGGGUGAUGCCCAACCGCAAGUACCUCAGGCCCGACACACCCCUCAGUCUCGCCGACGAGGUGGUAGCCUCCGAGUUCCGGCACAACGUGGACCUUCGCGCCUGCGUGAUGGGCAGCAACAACAUUUCGCUAAGCAGCGACGACGGCGAUGUCAGCUGCAUCAACCAGAUCAGCAGGGACCUGCAGAGCGCUGGCAAGGACCAGUUCACCGUGCGCUUCCCCAUUCCGCCGAUCAACGACGUGCUCGACGUGCUCAACCAGCAGGCCAACGCGGGCCAGCAGCCGCAGGGCGGCCAGGCCAUCGAUGAGCAGCACCAGGCCAUCCACAUGGCCACCGGCAGCAGCACGGUGGGCUCUCCGCCGACGACCGGCUCAGACAGCGACUCCGACGAGGGCGAGGUGCCCAGCUACGGAUUGCGGCUCCACCGCAGCAGCAAAGGCACCCACAGCAGCGGCGCCGGCAGCAGCACCAGCAUGCUGCACAUGCUGCACAUCAGCGACCAUAGCUACACACGGUGCAACGACGACGGACCCAAUCUCGAGACCCCCUCCGAUUCCGACGAGGAAAUCGACGUGGUCACCUACACGGACAAGAAGCUGCCCACGAACCCCUCGUGCCACGUGAUGGGCGCCCUGCAGACCAAGAUGGCCCACAAGAUAUCGGUCGACCACAUGAAGCAGAAGUCGCGCUACGCCAACUUCAACCUGCCGUACACGCCGGCCAGCAGCAGUCCGGUGAAGUCGGUGGCCAACUCGCGCUACCCCUCGCCCUCGAGCACGCCGCACCAGCACUGCGCCUCCGCAUCGCCGUCCUACUCGCCGCAGUCGGUGGAGUCCUCCAACGUGAGUUCCGUCUCCAGCUCCAGUUCCAGCUCCCAGUCGAGCUUCGGCUCCUCGGGCGUGAAGGGUCGCAAGCGGUCCUGCUUGAAGGGUCCGGGCGCCGCCGGAGUGGCAGCCACCGGCACCGCCACCGCCUCCAUGGCUCUGCCGAUCAACAGCCACCUUGGCAACGCGCCGGUCGGCAAGAAGUGCCGCGGCAAGAAGGCGGCGGCGGGCUGCUCCUCCGCGUCCUCCGCAUCCGGCAGCAUGUCGCCGGGCAGUGCGUCGGCUGGCCAGGAGGUGGAGCCCUUCGAGCACAGCUGGCAGCGGCGCAGCGGAGUGAUGAAUGCCGGACCAGGAGGCAGCAGCGGCGUUAUGCGCAAGGAGUUCGGUCUGGGGCUGGAUGAGGCCGACACGAUCGAGAAGCGCAACCAGCACAACGACAUGGAGCGGCAGCGCCGUAUCGGGCUGAAGAACCUCUUCGAGGCCCUGAAGAAGCAGAUCCCCACGAUCCGCGACAAGGAGCGGGCUCCCAAGGUCAACAUCCUGCGGGAGGCGGCCAAGCUGUGCACCCAGCUCACCCAGGAGGAGCACGAGCUGAGCCUGCAGCGCCAGCUCCUGGCCGCGAAGCUCAAGAAGCUCAAGGAGACCCUGGUCUGGAGGUCCAGGAUGGUCAAAAGCGAGCCGCACCCGGUCAGUGGAUAGUGUCGUCUAGUAGUGCUAGUGCUAUCUACCUAAAGCGGCGGCGUACUCCCAGACUCCACCCCCGGCUCUUUUUAUUUAACACUUACUUAUGUUUAUGCCUCAACACUUUUUUUCACACCCUCGAUUCUCUCUUGACCGUAGGCCUUGCAUGCAUACUUAUACCUGUUUUUUUUCUGUGGAGAGCUUCAGUAUCAGUUAGUAGAUUACGUUUCGGCAUUCGCCGUCAUGAUUUCGUACCGUUCAAGGGGGUAGUGUACAAGUGAUUUAACCAUUUUGAUUUCUUUGAUGUGAUAUAUAUAUGAUUUUCUUUUCCCGCGAAUUCACUUUUUAAAGGAGUUAGGGGAAGCGGUUAUUGGAAUCAAGUUGAAGUGUUUUAUUUUUUGCUGCGCAUAUUACAAUACAAACGUAGGACCUUAGGCAUAACAUAGCUAACGCUUAGUGUUUGUAUAUAACAUAUGAUUUAGCGUAUACAAUAGAUAUUAUUUGAAUAAGCUUAAGCUACUUAACCAUGAAGUAAACGACGAGGAAAACACGGAACCUUAACACAAACCAGGAGAAAGAACUAAGAAAUGAAGAGUAGAAGAGAAACUAAAGGAAGGAAGGAAGGAUGAAUGGUCUUCCAUUCCCAUGGAAGAUGAAAAUAAGAAAGGAAGAAAGUUAUAAUGGAAGAAAGAAAGGAGAGAAAGUUAUAAUGGAAGGAAGAAAGGAGAGAAAGAAGAAAGAAAAAAAUGGAAAAGAAGAUGAAAAAAGGAAAAGAAAAAAGGGAAAAAGAAGAAAGGAAGGAAGGAAGGAAGGAAGAAAGAAAAAAGUGAAAACAAAAACGGAUACGGAAAACAGACAAAAGUUACAACGAAUGAGCCACAAAGAGGAGAUAGAGCACACAAAAUCGGAAGUCAACACGAAGAUAAGAUAUGUUAGUAUAGCUAUAUGAUAUAGAGUUUAGAACUUUUGGUUGGCACAAGACCCCCAAAAAGAGACGGAUUCAAAUAGUUCCAAACUUCUUGACGAAGCACAAUGGAUCUAACUAACUUAAAAACUAAGCGUAUGUUCAUUGACAUGCGAAAUGUCAUUGGAACGAAAUGAAACCCAACUAUACCUGCAUGCAUACUUCAAUGCUUUUGCUUAGAGCCCCACUUGUUCCCCUUUAUAACCCAUAUAUGUAUAUAUAUAUAUAUAAAUACAUAUACAUCUGUUAGACGACGUGAAGAUAAAAGUGAAAACGCUUUUUAUAUACACCCAAAAAAAAGAACAUUGAACUUUACUGCCUAUACUGAGAAAUACAUUUUAUUUGCUAUGAAGAUUAUGAAUAUAGUUAUAUACGUGUGCAUAUAUAGGAACCUUUUUACAAUCAUAUUAUAUAUUUUUUUUUUUUUUUUGUUACACCUAGAUAUACAUACAUAUAUUUUUAACUGAUAACUAUGCGUAUGAAGAGCGCAAAACUUAACGACAACAAAACGGAAUCAAGAAAACUUUAAACUAUUUAAUAGUGCUAAACUUAACCUAAAUGAAAACCUUUCGAGAAUAGCUAAUGUGUAGUUAGUUAGGUGGAGAGAGGGAGAAAGAGUGGAGAAAUUGGCUGCAAAGUUUGUGAUUGGAGUUACGAUAGACCCAGAAAGAUAUACACACCCAAGAACCAAGAGAACUCAAACUUUUGUGAGCUGUUUAACUGUCGAUUUUUUGCUAAUAAGUUAUUGCUACUCGGCAAUAUGUUAUGUAUGAUUAACGAUUAUACCAAUUGUUUACACGCAUCUAAAUAUCAACUAAAUAACUACUAUUAAAAUAAAGGACAUGAAAUGAAGUCAAAAGCAGCGCAUAAGAGAAUAUACAGAAAACACGAACGCGAUUCAAAGGAAAUUUCAACUGUUAUUUAGGUUUAAACAUUCAAAACAGAUAUGAUGAUAUAUGAUCAGAUAUCGUAUAAAAACGGGGGAGUUUAUAGACAUAUAUAAAGCGUAUAUUUUUAUAGUGUAGAACGACGUUUAAACGACAUUUUUUAUGUGAGUUCUAGGCUAAUACAUAUACCCAAAUAUAUAUAAUUCUUAUAUUUUUUGUUUAUUACUAGCCUUAUGUUUGAUGAUCCCUUGAAAUAUUUUUAUAUGAUUCUUUUUUUAUUACGCCGCCGCAAAACAUUUUUGAAAGCAAACCCCUGAACUUUUUUUCUUUAUAAAAUAAUUAAAAUACACAUUAAACUGUUAAAUUGAAAAAAAAAUUCAUUUAAGUGGACAAACAAUUUAGAAGUAUAUUUUUGUACUGUUUCAACCAAAAAUGUGUACACACUGUAAAUAGCAAUCUCGUUAAAUAAUAGUUACACGCGCCUGCAAAAUAGAAAACUCAAAAUUAAAAUUUUUGUUAUAAAAAAACAAAUAAAAACCGGGAGAGAAUACACAAAGCAAUAGACUUAAGCGAAUUGUACAACGCGAAAAGAAAAGAAAACUUCAAUAAACCAACAAACAAACACACAAUACACACACCCAUAUAUAUAUAUACAUAUAUAUAUAUAUAUAUGUAUAUAUACAAAAUACCCACACCUAUGAAUAUACAAAUUAAAGAAACACAAAUGCACCUAUUUUCCUAUAGUACAUACAACAAGAAAAGGUUUAACAAAAAACCAUCUAGUUUUUUUUCUAUAGUUUCAUCAAAUAAAAACAACAACCGUACAAAUUUACGAUACAAUUAACUAAAAACAAAUUACAAAAACAAAAAUACGAAAAGCAAACCUUUUCCUUGUUUAGUCCUUUUAAUAAUUUAUUAACAAAACAAGAAAUUCAAGUAAUAGCAUUUUUAAACAUAAUUUUUUUAUUACAAACAAAACUAUAUAUUACAACUAUGACCAAAACCAAAAUCCUCGCAAACAAAACAAAAAAAAAUGAAACUUUUUUCUUAUAGAUUACAGUUAUAACAAAAAAGAAAUUUUUAAGUUAUAUAUAAUAUUUUAUGAUUAUGAAAUUUUUAUAUUAUACACACAAAAACUACUAUUUGAAUUAGUUGCUAAACACUAAUUAUUAAAAAAAAACGCAAAUUUAAAAAAAAAAA